GGCAGCUCCAAUGGACUGAAGCAAAUUGUGUGUCAGCAUGUGCACCGACUACGAGUUCCAGCACACAGCACGGACGCAACGGUCACAUUGAUCUUUGGAUUGAAGAUUGGAUUAAUAGCUGGAUUUGAGGUCCAUCAUUCUGCCGAAUGCACGUGGUUAAACGAUUAAUCCAGCCUUUGUGAACGCGGUGAAGAAUCGCAAGUGAUACUUUUUCACAGCACUGUAGGAUUCGUCAUUUCAGACGCUGAUCAUUAGUCCAUAUUUAAUGGUGUGUAGGAUAAUCGUGCAACAUGACGGUGGAGAAAGAAAGCAGUGAGCUCAACAACCUGAACAUCAGCGCAACUGUCCAGAAUGGAACCACCACACCCCCCCAGAAGAAGAAGAAGUUGCCCUACUGUGCUUCACUAAAGACUUUCCUGGUUGCUCUUUGUUUCUGUUAUUUCGCUAAGGCAUUUGCUGGUAGCCACAUGAAGAGCUCAAUAACUCAGAUUGAGCGCCGCUUCGACCUUUCCACCUCCACAGCUGGAUUAGUGGAUGGAAGCUUCGAGAUUGGAAACCUGCUUAUGAUUGCUUUUGCCAGUUACUUUGGGGCAAGGCUUCACAGACCGAGGAUCAUCGCUGGUAGCUGUUUUGUGAUGGCUUUCGGCAGUUUCCUGACAGCGAUGCCACAUUUCUUCAUGGGGCAUUAUAAGUAUGAUACAGUGAAGGCGGAAAUGUCUUCGUCCAUCAAUUCUACAGACUCCACCUAUAGUGUCUCCCCAUGUCUGGCCAACACAACAUUGACCGAGGACAUCAAACCAGAGUGUGUGAAGGAGACAAGCUCUAACGUUUGGAUUUAUGUCUUGGUCGGGAAUAUGCUGCGAGGAAUCGGAGAAGCCCCCAUUACUCCUCUGGGAAUCUCCUACAUUGAUGAUUUUGCUGAGCCGAAGAACACCCCGCUUUAUAUAGCUUGUCUGCACACCGUGGCGUUGUUUGGCCCAAUGGUUGGAUUUACACUUAGCUCUUUUUUUGCAAAGCUUUACGUAGAUAUCGGAUUUGUGGAUUUGGAAACUGUGACUAUUACACCACAAGACAUACGUUGGGUUGGGGCCUGGUGGAUCGGGUUCCUACUGGCUGCAGCCCUUAUGCUAAUUUCAGGAAUCCCUUUCUGCUUCAUACCUAAGAGUAUUCCAAAAGAAAACACACAGCCCUCCCUCGAGGGACAGAAGAUUAAAGAAAGCGAGACAUCACACCCUAAGCGUGAUGAUAAAGCCACAGUAAAAGGCUUCUUCCUCUCCCUGAGGGAUCUGGCUUGUAAUCCCCUUUACCUUGUGGUAAUAAUAACCACUCUCAUUCAAAUGAACAGUUUUACUGGAUUCGUAACUUUUAUACCCAAGUACGCGGAGCAACAGUAUGGCCAGUCCAUCUCCACGGCCAACUUUAUCACCGGGGCUACCACUGUGCCGGCAGGGGCUCUCGGAAUGUUGCUGAGUGGUGUGCUGAUGAUGAAGUACAAGUACGGAUUGCUGUCAGCCUCUAAGUUGGUCUUCAUUACCAAUCUUGUGUCCUACAUUUUAUUUUUCGCCGUUUUCUUUAUUGGCUGUGAGAACCCUGAAGUGGCGGGGAUGACUGUGUCUUACAACGGGAACAAACUGGACACAUUAGGAGGCAACCAGCUCUUCUCCAACUGUAACAGCAACUGUAGCUGCUCGACCACAAAAUGGGAUCCAGUGUGCGGAGUGAAUAAUAUCACCUAUAUGUCAGCAUGUCUGGCCGGCUGCAAAUCAUCCACAGGAUCUGGAAAGAGCAUAGUUUAUCAGAACUGCUUGUGUGUUGAAUCCAUGGGCUUCCCGUCAGUAAAUUCAUCCGUAACGCUUGGCUCGUGUCCUCGUAGUGGCAACUGUGACAAAAUGUUCAUCGUCUAUGCCAUCACACAAACCUUCACUACUUUUAUAUUUUCAAUCAGUGGAACCGCCUCCUAUGUCAUUGUCCUCUGGUGCGUAUGUCAAGAGCUGAGGCCUCUGGCUAUUGGUGUCUACAUGUUACUGAUCAGAACAUUAGCUGGAAUCACGUCUCCAAUUUACUUUGGGGCUCUCAUCGACAGAACCUGCCUAAAAUGGGGGACAACAGCCUGUGGAGGGAGGGGAGCAUGUCGUUUGUAUGACACCAUCUCUUUCAGGAACACCUACCUGGGCCUCACCGUCGGGAUAAGGACCCCGACCAUCAUCUUAUUUCUCUGCUUUAUAUUUAUGGUAAAGAACAUGACUCCUGUGAAAAAAGGGAACGCACACGAAAACGGUGCAAUGAAACCAGCACAUCUUGAAAAUGGCAGAACAGUGGUGCUCGAAACUCCCGAAAUAGAGAAACAGACUUUAAUGUAGUGUUCAACCUCCUGGUCCAUGAACGGCACUGAAUCUGUAAUAUUAUUGUUGUAUGUAGCUGAUACGAGGACGUUACCCAGAUGUACAUGUAGAGAGAUGAUGUAGAUUAAAUAGUUGUCUUAUAUCUAAUGGUCACAUGACUCAAGAGAUCAAAUGUUCUACCAGAUUGCCCCAAUAAACUACACAGGAGUCCACAGGUGCCUCAUGCCUCCUUCUGUCCUGGUGGGCGCUAUGCUCCAGGGGCUCCCCGAGGUACAUAGGUAUAAUGGUGGAAGCUGUGGUGGAGCACCAGCCUUUAUAUCAUGCAGGAACAUAGGUGGGAUCAAGAGAGUUGUCCCAAACCAGUUGUUAAAAAACUGCUCACUCCAGAGAAACGAGUAGAAACAGGAUCCUGACGUGGAUUCCCUUAAAUGAUAGAAGAAGCCAAGUGCCACUAUUAACUUUAUUGGUGUCCUCAGGACAUGCUGAUAAAAACUAUACCAUGAUUAUGACAGUACAUUGUUCCAUUGAUGAGAAAACUGGAUUUGUAUUCAUAUGCAAAUAAAACGGUCGUGAUCAACAGUAAAAUUAAGUCUUUAAUUUUUAGUUAUUUAUAUAAUAAGAAAUCAUACAAUUUUCUAAUAUACAUAUAUUUAAAAUGCUGUAUAAAUACCUUGAUUAUAUCAGCUGGUUGACCCCUAUAUGAAGUAGAAUGGUACAGCCCAUGUAUCAGUCCUGUGUAAUGUAUCCAUGGCCUCACUGAAACAUGGCAUCAGUCUCUUCACAUCAUAUAAUCCUUAACAUUAAAGGGGUUAUCCAAUCCUACAAAAUUUCCCACAUA